AGAAACACUUGUGGUGUCUUGCAGUCAUUGCUUCUUUGUCUUCUUUUCACUUGUGACAUAUCCAGACGAAAGUAAAAGCAUAUGCAACAGUGCGAAGACGACUAUGGAGGACAAUCGCGAGGUCCUCGAGGCUGUUUUGAAAGAAGCGGUGGAUCUGGAAAAUGUGCCAAUUGAAGAAGUUUUUGAGAGUCUGAGAAGUAGCAAGGAAGGUCUCACUACACAAGCUGCUGAUGACAGACUUGCUCUCUUUGGCCAUAACAAGCUCGAAGAGAAAAAGGAAAGCAAAUUCCUUAAGUUUUUAGGCUUUAUGUGGAACCCUCUUUCCUGGGUGAUGGAAGCUGCUGCUAUCCUGGCUAUUGCGCUUGCUAAUGGAGGAGGAAAACCUCCUGAUUGGCAAGACUUCGUUGGUAUUAUCACUCUUCUUGUGAUUAACUCCACCAUCAGUUUCAUCGAGGAGAACAAUGCGGGAAACGCUGCAGCUGCUCUCAUGGCCCGUCUUGCCCCAAAAGCAAAGGUUCUUCGAGAUGGAAGGUGGGGUGAGCAGGAUGCUGCAAUUCUCGUUCCUGGUGAUAUAAUCAGCAUCAAGCUUGGGGAUAUCGUCCCAGCUGAUGCACGCCUUCUCGAGGGUGAUCCCCUUAAGAUCGAUCAGUCUGCUCUUACUGGUGAAUCUCUACCAGUAACUAAAGGUUCUGGAGAUGGUGUCUACUCCGGUUCCACAUGCAAACAAGGAGAGAUCGAAGCAGUUGUUAUCGCAACUGGUGUCCAUACCUUUUUUGGGAAGGCUGCUCACCUUGUUGAUACGACAAACCAAGUUUUAACUGCAAUUGGGAACUUUUGCAUUUGCUCUAUUGCUGUGGGGAUGCUCAUUGAGAUUGUCGUGAUGUACCCAAUUCAACGCCGAGCAUACCGCCCUGGGAUUGAUAACCUUCUUGUGCUUCUCAUUGGUGGAAUUCCAAUUGCCAUGCCUACAGUUCUCUCCGUGACCAUGGCAAUUGGCUCCCACAGACUAUCUCAGCAGGGAGCUAUCACUAAGAGAAUGACGGCGAUCGAGGAAAUGGCUGGCAUGGACGUUCUUUGCAGUGACAAGACGGGCACUCUGACAUUGAAUAAACUUACUGUUGACAAAAAUCUGAUCGAAGUUUUCAUGAAAGGAGUGGAUGCAGAUACUGUUGUCCUGAUGGCUGCUCGAGCCUCCAGACUAGAGAACCAAGAUGCUAUAGAUGCUGCUAUAGUCGGAAUGCUGGCAGAUCCUAAAGAAGCACGAGCUGGUAUCCAGGAGGUUCACUUCCUUCCUUUCAAUCCUACUGAUAAGAGAACGGCUCUGACAUAUAUUGACAAUGAGGGUAACACACAUAGAGUGAGCAAAGGUGCUCCUGAGCAAAUUGAGCGGAGAGUUCAUGCUGUUAUUGAUAAGUUCGCUGAAAGGGGUCUGCGAUCUCUUGCUGUGGCUUACCAGGAUGUUCCUGAAGGGAGGAAAGAUAGUGCUGGAGGUCCUUGGCAAUUUGUGGGUCUCAUGCCUCUUUUUGAUCCGCCUAGGCAUGACAGUGCUGAGACGAUAAGAAGGGCUUUAAAUCUUGGCGUGAGUGUUAAAAUGAUCACAGGGGAUCAACUGGCUAUAGGAAAAGAGACUGGGCGCCGCUUGGGGAUGGGAACCAACAUGUACCCGUCAUCCGCUUUACUUGGACAGAAUAAGGAUGAGUCCAUAGUUGCUUUACCUGUCGAUGAGCUCAUAGAGAAAGCUGAUGGAUUUGCGGGUGUCUUCCCUGAGCAUAAAUAUGAGAUAGUGAAGCGAUUACAAGCCAGGAAACAUAUAUGUGGAAUGACAGGCGAUGGUGUAAAUGAUGCGCCUGCUCUUAAAAAGGCUGACAUCGGCAUUGCAGUUGCUGAUGCCACUGAUGCAGCUCGUAGUGCAUCGGAUAUUGUUCUUACUGAACCUGGUCUUAGCGUUAUCAUCAGUGCUGUUUUGACCAGUCGUGCUAUCUUCCAGAGAAUGAAAAAUUAUACUAUCUAUGCAGUCUCCAUCACAAUCCGUAUUGUUUUGGGCUUUAUGCUUCUAGCUCUCAUAUGGCAGUUUGACUUCCCACCUUUCAUGGUUCUUAUCAUUGCCAUUCUUAAUGAUGGGACAAUCAUGACAAUAUCAAAGGACAGGGUAAAACCUUCUCCUCUUCCAGAUAGCUGGAAGCUUUCUGAGAUUUUUGCUACCGGUGUUGUCUUUGGGAGUUACAUGGCCAUGAUGACCGUUAUAUUUUUCUGGGUUUCAUACAAAACCGAUUUCUUCCCGAGAACUUUUGGAGUUGCGACACUUGAGAAAACAGCACAUGAUGAUUUCCGGAAGCUUGCCUCAGCCAUAUACCUGCAAGUCAGUAUUAUCAGUCAGGCGCUUAUCUUUGUGACCCGAUCGCGAAGCUGGUCUUUUGUGGAACGUCCCGGGAUGUGGCUUGUGAUUGCCUUUAUCCUCGCUCAGUUGGUGGCUACUUUAAUUGCAGUCUAUGCAAAUUGGAGCUUUGCUGCGAUAGAAGGAAUUGGUUGGGGAUGGGCUGGGGUCAUUUGGCUUUAUAACAUCAUAUUCUAUAUCCCACUUGAUUUCAUCAAAUUCUUAAUCCGCUACACUCUUAGUGGCAGAGCCUGGGAUCUUGUUAUCGAACAAAGGGUUGCGUUCACAAGGCAAAAGGAUUUUGGGAAAGAACAAAGAGAGCUGCAAUGGGCGCACGCACAGAGAACGCUCCAUGGUCUACAGGCACCAGAUACUAAGAUGUUCACAGAUCGAACCCAUGUCAGUGAACUUAACCAAAUGGCUGAAGAAGCCAAGAGGAGAGCUGAAAUUGCUAGGUUGCGGGAACUUCACACGCUCAAGGGCCAUGUUGAAUCAGUGGUGAGACUCAAAGGACUCGACAUAGAAACCAUUCAACAAGCUUACACUGUCUGAGAGACUGAGUGCAAGCUGAUCUCAGUUGGGUAAUGAGGUGUCUGUAGUUAAUACAUAUUGCACGUAAAU